UUCACUCACAAUCCAAAACUCUCUCUCUCUCUCUCUCUCUCUCCUGUAUAUUAUCUUUACUUGUUACCAUUUUUCUCUCUAACGACGAGUCAAUGGGUUUUCCGGUGGGCUACUCCGAGCUCCUUCUCCCAAGAAUCUUCCUUCAUCUACUCUCUUUCUUAGGUCUGCUCCGAAAACUAAUCUCCACUAUUUUCUGGCUCAUUGGUUUACCCGAUUUCCUAGAACCCGAACCGGUUUCAUCUUCAUGGCCCGAGCCCCCACCAACCUCAAGCCACCAAGACUCUCACUUGUUUUCAGCAGCGCUUCUAGCUGGAGAUAUCUUGCCCGUUGUAAGAUUCUCGGAUCUAAACCUACCCGAGUCCGAAUGUUGUGCAGUGUGUCUCUACGACUUCGAGAACCACGAUGAGAUCCGACGGCUGACGAAUUGCAGGCAUAUAUUCCAUAAAGGAUGUUUGGACCGUUGGAUGAUGGAUUAUAAUCAGAUAACAUGUCCACUGUGUCGUACACAGUUUAUACCUGAUGAUCUUCAAGUGGCGUUUAAUCAUAAGCUUUGGGCUGAAUCUAGUGAAGUUUCUGAACUUCUUGUUGAAUCAUUUUAGGACAGUUCCUUUUCUCUAUCUUUAAAUUGUAAUAUAAUUUUUUAGUAUUUGUUUGAUGGAUGUAUAUAAAAAGAUAGUGAUUACUAUUUACAGGCUAGUGAAAGAAGAAGACGAAAUUUGUAUCAUCUAUCCGGAAAAAAGGAAAUUAAAAUUUUGAAUUAAUAUCAAUGUGUAGAAUUUUUUCCUGUUA